ACUCAGUCUUGCCACGUUGUCAGCCCGCCAUUUUCUGCUUCAUUCUUUAUGACACUUCCACGGCCGGUACGUCAAAUUUUAAGCAACUAAAACGUUAGUUACGUUUGUCUAUGUUUCUCUAAUCGCAUGUGAGCGAAUGGACAACGUCGCACGUUCAUUGCAAGACAAGAAAGUUGAUUUUAGGUUAUCGUGCUUUUGCAAUCGGUAGAGAGAAGGAAGUUUGUGCAAGAGAGGGUAGGAAGGAGGCAGAGUGAGCAACGAAGAGAUGAAAAUUGUCUUUUUCAAUGUAGGCCACGCCCUCAUCGCUACUCAAUCUCGCGUUUGUUUGAAUGUUGAGACGUCUCGACGGUUACUUUUCAUUGAGAUCAGUUUGCGCAUCGUAUUUGCAGUUCUAGCGUUUGUGUCACGUUGUAUUCGUGUUCUGUUCUCGCAAUGAACGCGCGCAGCGACUCAACAAGCUGAGUUGGCCCUUCCUACUUGGCUACUCCUCCCACUUUACUUUCCCGGCUGGGGAGUGGCUGGCGACUAAUGUUGGCCCCUCCUACUUUUGUCGGCGGGAAAAUAUUGAAAGAAAACAUAUCUCUAUUCAGUCAGAAAUGCGACAGGUCGUAUGACAGAUAUGUAGAUAUCAAUAAGAUAGCGUUGUUUACUACAAAUUCUGUGGUGACUUUAUGUUCUGGUAGAUUCCUUGUUAAGUUAACACAUGUCAUGGAGAUCAGAAGGAAGAUGAUUGAUCUUGAUGAGAGAGCAGUGACACUUAAUAAAGAAGGUAAUUUUGGUGAGGCAGUUAAAGUUCUAGAACAAGCCAAACAAAUGGCAGAAGAGUAUUUAGACACAAAAGACGAAAUGAGACUGGGAGCUAUUCGUUAUCUGGGGGAGACAUACAUUAGUAAUGGAGAAUAUAUGAAAGGACAAGCUCUUCUUGAAGACAUUCUAUCAGUUCAGAGACAAGAGACACCUAAUGUCUUAUUAGCUACCAUCUUGUGUGCUCUGGGUAGAUGUUACCACUAUCAAAACAAAUCCAUGGAUGCCACACGAUUGCUAGCAGAGAGCUUGUCAAUAUAUCAGAAAUACGUCUCAGCUAAUGAUGCUCGUGUGACAACUACUAUGAACGUGCUUGGUAGAUGCUUUAUGGAUCAAGGGAACCUUUCUGAUGCUGAAAGAAUAUUGAGAGAGUGUCUGGAGAUCAUAAAAUCUGCUCGACCAGAAGAUCCUGUUGCUAUUGCUGAUGUUCAGUCGUCACUUGCUCAUUGUCUGUACCAACAAGGUAAACAAAGUGAAUCUAUUGAACUGAUAAAGGAGUGUGUCAGGAUUUUGAAAUCACAUUUCCAUCCAAAGCAUCUCCGUGUGGGUUCAGCUGUUUCUCAACUCGGAUCUUAUUUAAUGGAAUCAGGAAAAUUGGAUGAGAGUGAAAAUUAUUUAAGAGAAUCACUUGAGAUACACAGACAUUCUCUCCAUGAGAAACAUCCUAAUACAGCAAUGCCAUUAAAAAGUUUGGGAGAAUGUCUGAUGAGAAAAGGGAAAAAUGAGGAAGCUGAGAAACUUCUUUCAGAAGCUGUAGACAAUGAAAGAGUUUCUCUCCCUCAAAAUCGCCCGGACAAAAUCUCCACUCUCGUGUCAUGGUCAAAGAGUCUCUCAAAUAUUGCUGACUACACACGUGCUCAUCAUGCGCUAUUAGAAUCUCUUCAAAUAAUUGAUAUUAACAAACUUCCCAGCAACAGCUUUGAGAGAUUAGAAGUAAACCGUCUACUAAAGAGAUUGAGCACUUUCCAACAGCAACAAGAUGAAGAGACAAUUAUUCCUGAAGAGAAAGAAGGAAUUGAAGAGACGGAUGCAUCUCACAGCAGUGGAUCAGAAUGGCUCACAUUAGUAGCCAAAUCACUAACUGGUGAAGCUGUUGAAUUGAAAGCAAAAUCGUCUGAUACUGUUGCCACCUUGAAGCGUCGAUUGCAAACCAAGGAUGACCCUUCAUCAUGGGAUCAAUUGCUUGUUUUGAAUAAAAAACAACUACACGAUGAGCAAACAUUAGCUGAUGCAGGAGUAACCGAUGGAACAAUACUGAGUGUCGUUCUUUGUCCUCGUGGUGUGACGGGCAUGGGAGCCGAUGCGGGUGAGUUAUUUGUUCGAGCGUUGUCACAAGGAGCAGUCGAAGUGAGUCGAGUCAAGAUUGUUAUUGUCGGCAGAGACAGAACUGGCAAGACGUCCUUUAAACGAUCCUUGCUCAAACAGAAGUUUCACAUCAUUGAACCGAGCACACCUGUGGCCAUGGCAGAGUUGGCAGUGUGUGAAGCAUCCAAUUGGACUUUCGUCAAUGACAAAGACCAGGAAUUUUUAGAUAAACAAAUAGCUAGAGCAGCCAUGCAUGCAAUGCAUGAUUCUAGUGCAAACGUUUCGGGUAGUGAAGGUGAGAGUCAAUAUGAGGAUGGAAGAGCAGAUUGGCCACAUCUUCACAGUCGUGUUGAUCUCGACUCGACAGUCGGUAGAGAAUCUACAUCAACUGAUACUAGAGAAAGUUACUUUGAUGAAGUGAUAGUUCUAACUGAAGGGAUUGCUCGUGCUAUUCGAGAUUUCCAAAGUGAUCCUGAUCUUCUAAAGAAGGAAGAUUCAAAAGUUCACGUUACCAUUUGGGAUUUGGGAGGUCAAGAGCCACUUCUUCCUGGCCAAGGACAAGCCAUCACAUCGGGAUGUGUCGUUUGUGUCGUAUUUAAUGUAUCUCAGUUUCUAGGUGACAAGGCCAAGUCAUUCUACUUUCCUUCUGCCGACUCGGAACCAAUUCCAAUAGACAACCACUGGAUAGAGACAAACUAUGAUGCUGUGUCUUUAUGGGCAUCCAUGACUUUUUUGGCAGGAGACGACGACAGUCGUGAAGGUCUUUACAUUGGCAAGUCAAAGGACUGUGCAUCGCCGGUCAUGUUUUUGAUUGGUACACAUGUCAAUGAUGCUGAUGAAGAAAUGAUUAAGCAACAGAAUGAAUUUCUGUCUAAAAUGUUUCGUAAUAAAGCAUUUAAGCAGCACAUCCUGCGACCAUCCGAUCACCGUGAUGAUUGGUUCUUUUGUGUUGAGAAUUCAGUGUCUGACCCUGACAGUGCAAGUGAGGAUGCAGGUGUGAGUGCAGUGAAGCAACUCAUUGAAGAGAUAGCACGUGAUGUGUCACCCAAACGUCUAAUACCAGCCACUUGGUCAGUUCUAGAGAAGAUCCUUGAUGCUCUAGAACAAAAGUUGGGCAGUGCUCUUUCCAAUGUCCAUGAUAUCAUGGUUUUUGCUCGUCGAUUGUGUCGUAUGUCUGAAGAGAAAGAAGUUCGUGCUGCUCUGGCAUAUUUAGAUGAAGCCGGUUCAGUCAUCUUUCCUCAGGAAAGUGAGAAGCUGAAUAACAUAGUCGUCACCAAACCAAGCUGGAUUUUCAUGGUUUUCUCAGUGGUGGCAUCUGUCGUUACUCUUCCUCCUCCCUUACUGAGUAAAGAUUGGGAUCGAGUGCGACAAGUAGGAAUUGCUUCUUGGAAACUCAUUGAUCAUCGCUUGAAGAAGGCAGGAGUGAAACAUGAAGAAUAUGAAGAUGUACUGAAGCUCUUGAAUUUCUUUUUCAUUGUCUGCCCCAAACAUUGUUCAUCUCAGUCAUCAGUUCCCUAUCAAAUGGAAUAUUUUAUUCCAUGUUUGCUAGAAGUUGAGUCAGAAGGUCCAUUUGCAGCUGCUAGUUCGGUUGUUUCUAAUCCAAUGUCACUCAUUGUUUUGUCUCGUGAUAUCGAGUUUAUUCCUGAGCAAUUGCAUUUCAGGCUCAUGACGUGUUGCAUUGAAGAAUAUCCUGAGGAGCCAAUGUUGACACGUAAUCAGUCUGUAUAUCAUGUUGCUGAAGGUGUUGAUUUGGAACUAAUUUAUCAUGCAAAGAAAUAUAUUAUUGUCACUAUUGACACACAACGGCCACGUAAUGAAGUUGCAUCUCUGUGUACAGACAUCCGUCUGUUCAUCACUAAGAAGCUUCAUGAAGUGAAGACCCCAGGGUUGCCUCAGUUUCAGUUUUCAUUAAAUAUUCAACAUCCCGGACCAGCCAUUCCUAUGGAUGUCAGCAAGUUGGUAUGUAUAGACGAGUAUGAACACAAACCAUUGAGAAGAAACAGACGUAAUGUGCAACUGACUGUCGAUGAGAAAGCUGCAUUAGACUGUUGGUUUUAUGACCAUAAAGAUGAUGUAGCAAGACCACAACAGUCACUGACAUUUACAGCAGAGAGCAAAUGUACAGCCGAUGAUGUCGUGAAGGUAGCCAAGAAAGUCUGUCAUCGCUGGCAGGAGCUUGUGUUGCAUUUGUCAGCUGAAUUUUUUAUAAACAAGACAGAGAUCAUAGAGAAAGAUAGAAAAGAUGAUUGCUUCAUGCAAGCUGUAACAGCAUUGAAGAAGUGGACUAGUGUAUUUGGUAACAAAGCAAGCCAGGCAGCAAUGAUCAAUGCCAUGUGUAACAUCGGCUGUAGAUCUCAGGCUGAAGAUGUUUUUAGUAGCAGUUUGGUGGAGCACGUCUGCCCACAUAAAUAACUGUGUUUGUCUGCACUUGUAGGCAGAGUUGUUUUGUUAAGAAGAAUCAAACGUUACCUGUUUUACGUUCACAUUAUUCACUGACUAGUCUUUCUUGAUGUGCAUUGUUGUCAGUUGACAUAUAUAUGGCUGUUACUAUUUAGCAUUUUACCUUUUGUUUUUAGAAAUACAUUGAUAUAUUGACAGAG